AUGGCAGCCACCGAGUUACAAACACUCUUAUUCAUCUUCACUUCUGAAAGCUGGUUCUAUGGUGGUGGAACAGCCUUUGUUUGUUUCUUUUAUAAUGGUGAAGGGGAGAUUUUUUUUGACGGCGGGGAGCAACUCUAUAAAUUUGCGAAGUUGUUUAAAUUGAAGACUCUUAAUCUCAACGCUCUCGAGCAAACAAUCUGCAUUCGCUAA